UGACCUGUGUGAUUAUGCAAAAGAAUGGUGCUGGGCUACAUACAGCAAGCUCUUGCUUCUGGGACAACUCCAGUGAUGGAACCUGCACUGUGAGAUGGGAAAAUAAGACUAUGUACUGCAUUGUCAGUGCCUUUGGACUUGCAAUAUAA